AUGACAAUGGAGAGUCUACCCAAAGUCCUGGAGGUUGACGAGAAGUCCCCAGAAUCUAAGGACUUGCUUCCCAGCCAGACUGCCAGCUCACUGUGCAUCAGCUCCAGGAGUGAGUCAGUCUGGACCACCACACCCAAGAGCAACUGGGAGAUCUACCGUAAGCCCAUUAUCAUCAUGUCAGUGGGCAGCGCCAUCCUGCUGUUCGGCGUGGCCAUCACCUGCCUGGCCUACACCUUGAAACUGGAGACUAAGAUCUUGGCGAUCCUCAGGAUGAUAGGGCCAGCCUUCCUGUCCCUGGGACUUAUGAUGCUGGUGUGCGGCCUGGUGUGGGUACCCAUCAUUAAGAAGAAACAGAAGCAGAGGCAGAAGUCGAGUUUCUUCCAGAGCCUCAAGUUCUUUUUCAUGAAUUGCUGCUGA